UUUGAAAAUUCAAUAAUUAGAUAUAAAAAUGCCAACCUGUGGAAACUUUAAACUUAUCAAGGUCCUCGGAAAAGGAGGAUUUGGAGUAGUAUAUUUCGGAAAACAUAUCGAAACAAAUGAAAAAGCAGCAAUAAAGAUCAUACAGAAUUACGAUUUUGCUGACCAUCUAGAGCUAAUCGAAACAGAAGUUGAAGCUCUCAAGUCAUUAUCACAUAUCAAUAUCACCAAAAUUCUUGAUUCAGGAAUUUCUGAGCUCAAAACGUCAUCAAAAUCAAAAGAAGUCUACUUUAUCGCACUUGAACUAGCCCACGGAGGUGAACUAUUUGAUUUCUUGAUGCUAACCGAACCAUUCACAGAAAAGGUAGCAAGGUUCUUCUUCCAUCAGCUCAUUGAAGGUCUCGAGCAUAUGCAUUCAAAGGGAUAUAGCCACAGAGAUAUCAAGGCUGAGAACAUUCUAUUUGAUAAAGAUUUUAACCUAAAAAUAGCAGAUUUUGGAACUUCUUCGAAUAUCCUGAUGAACAAGACAACUGUGGGAACUAAGAAUUUCAUGGCUCCAGAAGUACUUGCUUGUAAACCUUACCAUGGCCAAAUCGUUGACAUAUUCGGCGCUGGCUUGGUUUUAUUCCUAAUGGUGACUGGUAGGAUUCCAUUCGAGAGUGCAGAGCAGAAAGAUUACUACUACAAAUACCUGCAUUCCAAUAGACCGUCAAAAUUUUGGAGUUUGCAUUUCAUGACAGAAGAAGGUGAAAAGGGAGAGGACUACUUGUCGGAUGAUAUAAAGAGCCUCAUCUCAAAUCUUUUAGACCCUCAUCCAAUAAGAAGAUUCUCGCUAUCCGAGAUCAAAGCUCACCCUUGGUACGAAGGAGAGGUCCCUAGUCAUGAAGAGAUCAUUCAAGAGUUCAAAGCCAGAAAAGAGAUUAAAGAAGAAAAGGAAACUGAAAAUGCCAAACUCUCUUACCAAGAGACUACAACUAGCACGAUGUACCAAGACUCUUCAGUCCUUGAAGGAACCAUCUUUCGAGGUAUUGGGAUCAGUGAUGACGAAAAUGAAGAAGUUGAACUCAAUAGAGAGUGCAUCGAGUUCGAUCCUGAUUUUACCUCCCACACCAAAUUUUACAGCAAUAGAAGGAUUGAUGACUUAUGGUACUGAGUUGCAAAAUUUGUCAAAAAUUACACAAAAGACGUUACAUUUUCAAGUACAGAGUAUAACAUGGUGCUAAGAUGGAUAGAUGACUCAGGAGACGAGGAAUUAUCCGACUCCUCUGAAAUCAUCAAUGAAGCAUCAAUAAACAUUCUAAAAAUGGGUGAUGAAGACAAGUACUGAGUGGAAUUGAUUCUUCUAAAUGGUUCGAAGCCAGAAUUCUUCGAAUUCUAUAAAAACUGAAAGAACCAUUUCCUUCAAAGGAAAGCUGCCUAAUAAAUCCGAAUAAUUGUUAAAUCUAUA